UUUGUUGUUAAUUAUUUAAACAAAAAACAAACAGAAAAUCGAUUUCGAUUGCUGUCUUUGUUUGUGUCAUUUGAUUGAACCAUUCAGAUUUGUUACAUCAAAAUCAUUGAAAAUGUCUGUUCAAAAUGAGUUGAAUAUUGAAGAAUCCAAUGAAACUGUUAUUGAAUCAAAUUUCACUAUAAAAUCAAAUUUUUUUCGUUUAAAUUUUGUACCAAUCAUUAUUUAUAAAUAUAGUGUUCAAAUAUCACCAGAUAAUUAUCCUAAAGAUGAUUAUGAUAAAAUUAUAAAAUGUUAUAUUAAAAAAAAUUUUUUAUCAUGGCUUGGUUGUUACUAUGAAGAUGGUUUUAUUUAUUCAAGUACGAUAAUCAAUUUUCGUGAAAUAGAUUACAAAUCUAUUAAAUGGUGUUGUGGUUUAUAUUAUAAUGAAUUUUCAAUAUAUUUGAAACAAAUUGGCCAAUUCAAUUCGGUUAUUGAAGCUGGAAUAAAUUUGCAAAAUUUUUUUCUAUUCUCCGUACAGAAAAAGAAAAAAUUAAUCGAUUCCGGUAUUUUUAUUCAAAUUGACGAUAGAAUUUCAGUUGGUUUCCGAUUAUCAAUCAAUCUGAUUAAAGAACCAAUGAUUUUUAUAUCAAGACAUCCAGUAUUAUAUAAUGGAAAAUAUCAUAUUUCUAAUAAUUCAUUGCCCAGUGAAAGUGUUAGUGCAUUCAAUGAAGAAAUGAAACGUUGUCCAAAAGAAGAAUUUGAAUUUUUUAAAAUAUGUUGUGCCGAAAUAGAAAAUUGUGUCAAAUCAUUCGGAAUCAAUAUUGAUUCGGAGCCGUUCGACACAAAUGCAACAUUACUUUUUCAUCCAGAACUUAUGCCAGACUCGCCGGAUAAACCAUUCUUCAGCAAACCAUCUAAGAUGAUAAAUUUUGCCAUUCUUUGUUUUCAUCCAUUCGAUUCAGAUAAAAUGAAAAAACUUGAAGAUUCUUUUGUUAAAAAAGCCAAAAAAUUUGAAAUGAAUUUUGAAAAAUGUUUCGAAACACAGUUCGUUGACAUUCAAAAUGAUUCGAAAAUUGCAACAGUAUUUCAAAAUUUGAAAAUCCGUGAUAUUCAUUUUGUUUUCAUUGGAUAUUCUCAACGUUCAAGGAAAAGUUUUGUGGUUGAAAAGAUCAAAUCUCAUACAACUAAUAACCGUGGACUAGUCACUCAAAUAUUUAUAAUUGAAAAAGUAGAUAUGAUUGUAGAUAUACCAAAAUUUUUCGACCAUUUAGCAAUUACAUCAUGUUUGAAACUAGGUGGUCAACCAAAUAUAAUCGAUCCUAAUUAUUGGAUUAUUUUUCCUUUUGAGCCACAAUCUACUAUGAUAGUCGGAACUUCUUUUCAACAAUUUAGGCUCGAUAAUAUUCGAGAAGAUAUUUUUUUGCAUUCAAUCGUAGCAUCAAUGGAUAAAAAUUUCUGUCAAAACAUUUGCAUCGAACGAUUUUCAAUAGAACCAAACGAUGAAAAGCUCUUUGAAGAAAUGUUUCGAAAUUCAUUACAGGAAUAUCAGAAAGAACAUGGCGAAUAUCCUAAAAAUAUUAUCAUAUUUCAUGGAAAAAAAUAUACAGAUUUAAAAUCUGCUGCUAAAUCAAUCGAUGAACGAAUAAAAAUGACAAGCUUUUCGGUAGAUAAAUUUACACCUAUUCGUUUUAUCAAGAAUGAUGAUGGAAAUGUUCCAAUUGGAACUUGUGUUAAAUUGGUUCAGCUUGACGGUUGGCCAAAAGAGUUUGUCAUUUGUACUGAGAUCGGUGCUGAUGGCGGGCGAUGCAAAACAACACAAUAUACAGUCAUCAAUGAUGAUUCGGGAAUGUCUGAUAUUCAAAUCAAACAUCUUUGUUAUGCAAUGUGUCAUUUUUAUUUUGAUAAUUUCUAUAUCAAUGAUAUACCAUAUCCACUUGAAUUGGCUGAAUAUUUUGCAAAAUCAGCAAUUACAAGAUGCCUUGGUCGAAAUGAACUCAAUCCAAUUGAUUCGAUUGAAGAAGUUUUUGAAAAUUUUUCCCGUAAAGUUCGUAUUCAUGGUUAUCGUGAAUAUCCUGUUGAUGAUUGAUUGAUUGAAUAAUAAUAAUAUAAAUUCUAUUCGGGUCAUAUAUGGUUAUGGAUGAAAAUCUAAACAUUCUGAACAGACAACAACAACAACAAAAAGAUUAC